UAGAAAGUGAUAUUGCCACUAAGAAAAAGAUGACUUAUCGGUUACACGACUCAUUUGUAGAGCUACUUCUCGCAUACGCUUAUGCUAUAAAUUUGCUAUGCUAAAAUUGGUAGGAUUUUAGUCACACGUCACAACACAAACCUAAAAACAAACCAUGUGGUAGAUAUACAUAGCUAUGCUAUAUCAACAAGUAGAUACAAUAGCAACAAGUCUACAGACAGCUGCUGGGAGGAUGCUGAUUGUGAGGUAUCUCUGUAAACAGCGACUUUCUAUUUCCUAAAAAUGACUUUUAAGUGAUUUUAUGUAAUAUCAGUUUUUAGUGGAAGUUUGUGAUUGUGUUUUCGUUCAAAAAUGGAUGAGUCUGGGAUUGAUAUGGGAUUCGAUCUCGCCUCGCUUUUGACGAACGAUUACGGCGGUGAUCAGAAGAUUUUGGAGGAGAUGACUGCCGCGCAGCAGCAACAGGAUUUUAUGUUCUACGAACUCAAGUCGAAAGUCGUGCCGAUCACAGAAAGCCCGCCGACAUUUAAGACGCUCACGCCGACGUCGCGCACGCACCUGAAGCAGCAGUUGAUGCGCGAACAUGCGCAGGAGCAGCGCCGCAGGGAAUCUUUACAGGCACAGCAAGCGGGCCAGUCCAAGGACAAUGUGGACGAGAAGAAGAAGUCAGUACCGGCGGACGUGCCGCGGGUCGUGCCUCACGUUGAGCUGCCGGCACAGGUUCUGCAGGUGCGGACAGUUCUGGAGAACCCCACCAGGUAUCACGUGAUCCAGAAACAGAAGAGCCAGGUGCGGCAGUAUCUCAGUGAAUCCUUCCAGCCCAACACACAGGUGUCGGUGGCCCCGCGAUGCGCACCGAUACAGUCGGCGCCAGAAUUGGGCGCCAAACCACCGCCGUCACCCGACCAUGGAUCCUCGUCCAGCCUGCUCAGUCCUGGACUCUGUUCCGUGGGCACCAACAACUCGGAAGCUGAUGAGUUCCUAGAAGACAUUCUAUCACUAGACAGCGGGGCAGGCCCCCUGUCCUCAUCAGGACCGCCUUCAGCCGCCAGUUCGAUCGCUGGUGACUGCGCGCUGCUGUCAGACGCUGACAUGCACGCAUUGGCUAAAGAUCGGCAGAAGAAAGACAACCAUAACAUGAUCGAACGCCGCCGCCGCUUCAACAUCAACGACCGCAUCAAAGAACUGGGGACGCUCCUCCCCAAGACUAACGACCCCUUCUACGAGGUCAUCCGCGACGUGCGCCCCAACAAGGGCACCAUCCUCAAGUCCAGUGUGGACUACAUCAAGUGUCUCAGGGAUGAAGUCAACCGGCUUAAGCAGAGCGAGCAGCGGAGGAAACAGAUUGAGCUACAUAACAGGAAACUCACGCUUAGGAUACAGGAAUUAGAGCGUAUAGCACGAUUACAUGGUCUACCGCUGACUGCAGCCGAAAACGGCGCCUCCCCCUCGCCGGCCGAGGAAACGCCACCACCUCCAGCACCGGAGGUAAUCCUUCCAAAAACGGAACCAUCGCCACUGAUGGAGCUGGGCUCGGAGUGCGGGGGCCGGCAGCCCCCCGACCUGCUGCGCGACAUGCCCGGCCCCGGCGACUGUCUCUCCGUACCCGACGCUCUAGAUGGUUUAAAGCUGGACUCGUGUUCACCGCUGAGAGGCGAGGAGGGCCUGUCUCUAGACUGCCUAGAACCCGACCUGUGUCUAGAACCUGAACCAGAUCACUACCUAAAUCACAAACACAUAAAGAUGCGGAUGUCUCCGUCGCCCGGGCUGCUCGGCGACGGCGACGACGCCGUACUCAACCUCGCGCAGAUCGAGGACCUCAUGGACGACGACUCACACAACCCCGUCACCACAGGAGAUCCAAUGUUAUGCUCGUCGCCAACGUCGCAGCUAUGCAGCUUAGCUGACGUCGUAGGUGACGCGACGGAGCGGAGUAUCGCCAACAUGCUACAUGAUGCCGCGCAAUAUUCCCCUCACAGCGCAGGCACGUCUGGUUUAAUGGGUGACGGAGCAAUAAGCCUGAACGGCCUCCCGGGGCUGGGCGAGGGCUGCCUGCCCGCGCUGCUGCUCGGCGGCCCGCACCACCACGCGCCGCACUCGCCACACAGCCACCCGCGCAACCACUGCUUCGACAUGGACCUGGGGGCUUAG